AUGCCUAUAGCGAAUGGAGCAUAUGUUGGAAAACGAGUUCAGAGUGUCGACGGAUGGAGUGGGAUGGAAGGUGUGAGCCACGCAGAUUCCAUGCAAGGUUAUGGGCUGACUUAUGGCAGAUCCCCCCAAUCACUACUGGAUAAGAAUGGAAGGGUCAUUGGCGUUCUAGCUGGCCAGCCUCGGGAUGAUGACUGGGAGCUUACAAUAUCCCAAGCCUGCGCUGCAAUGGAGAAUGCGCGGGAGCGCCUCUAUCCAUGCAUUGCUGUUGGAGUAUCAUACGGUGGUGGUCAACAGGAGCCCAGCAAUCUUCAACACUCCAAGACAAACCAACAGGAGCUGCGGACACUUCUGUCUGAACCAGCCAUUCAAAGGUUAGCAGGUUUUGGCAGUAGCAUACUUUGUCAUUACGCGCCAAAGGUUCAUAAGGUGUAUUCCAACGCCAAAUCAUCUCUCAAGGACAUGCAUCCACAUCUCGAGUGGAACUUCCACAACAGUGUUUUUGCUGCCACCACGUUCAAUCUUGGACCCAGCACUGUCACGUUUGAUCACACGGACAAUGCAAAUUUCGCCAGUGGGAUGUGUAGCAUUACCGCGUUAGGAAAUUUCAACCCAACCAACGGUGGUCACUUGAUUCUAUUUGACCUUGGACUCAUCAUCCAGUUUCCGCCUGGUGCCACCAUCCUGAUCCCUUCUGCAAUCCUCCGGCAUGGCAACAUUUCUAUUGCUCCACUGGAGAAAAGGCUGUCUUUUACUCAAUAUUUUGCAGGGGGUCUCAUCAGAUGGGUUGAUUAUGGAUUCCGCACAGAAAAGGCUGUUAAGCAGCAGAGUCCUGAGGCAUGGCAUGCAGCCCAGCUUCAGCGUCAGACCCGUGUUGAGGAGGCGGCUACAACCUUGCACAACACUGGGUUUUAA